CUCGCUUUUUGAGAUUUUGGGUGUUUAUUUGGGGGGGAUUCUCUUUUGUGUGGAGGGGGAACGUUUCCGUCUCUCAAGUUUUGAGGUCGGUUCUGGUGGUUAUCGUAGUUCGCUUUUGGUCUUUUCUCACGGCUUUUAGCCUUCUUUGUGUCUAUUCACGUUUUGUGUGUGUCGUGUGUGUCGUGUGUAUCACUUCUCUCAUUUUCGAGUGUUAUGGCUUUUGUAGCUAUUCCUCUUUUUUGAGGUGCCUUUGGUCUCGGCUGGUUCUCUCUCUGAGUCCCUGCUGCUCGCUGCAGCGGGGGCUUUGUUCGGCUUGCCAUCGGCCAUCUUCCGAGCGGAGAUGGUGGUGGUAAGAAGUCACGAGGCCCCCCCUCGCAGAUGUGUUCAUAUCGCCCAGUUCUUGUCAUCAUCACAGUGUAUGGGAAAUCGACUAGGAAUCGG